GGUUUAGCUCCAUCCCAUGCUAGCAGUGGCUCGCUAACAGCUGUCAGGUCAAACCACUCCCCGGUGACUCGUACUUGUGGAUUUACAAUCAGUUACGUGGUAAUGUUGCGAAACUGAUGAAGUAACACUGGCACCCGGCUACUUCUCUAUCUCCGGUAGGUCUCGUUUUUUCGUUAUAUUAGUGUUUUUGGAGCUAGCGGCUAACGAGAAGGAGCGCUUUUGAAACUGCUGUGGUCGAUGCUGUCUCGUGGAGGAUUGGUACAGUUAUUAGGAAAGAGGAUAUUCGAGUGGUUGCGCACAGAGCAGAGGAGGCACACGCUCGGUUUCCUCGCCAUGGGGAACGCCUGCAGUAGCAACCUGGGGAUCCCUCCAGCCAAGGGCCCCAACGCUGUGGGCUGCACCGACUUCAUGAUGGAUCACACCACACAGGGCAGCUUCUUCCGGCUUUACUAUCCCUGUCAAGAGACGGAAAAACCAGAACAACCAGACUGGGUACCGUGCGUGGAGUAUUUCAACGGUCUGGCAGACUUCAUGAAAAUCAACAGGACUCUCAGCGAAAGGAUUUUCAACUACCUUUUUGGCUCCUUUAAGAUCCCAGCCUCCGUGGAUGCUCCGUUUAAAUCCAAUGCAAAAUGUCCCGUAGUGAUCUUCUCCCAUGGCCUUGGAGCUUUCAGGACUUUGUACUCCGCUAUAUGUGCAGAAUUGGCCUCUCAGGGCUUCAUUGUGGCGUCCGUGGAACACAGAGACCAGUCGGCCUCAGCUACGUAUUAUUUUCGUGAGAAGACGGAGUCGGAGAAGGCCAACAAGAACGUGCCUAAAAGCUGUGCCCCGGACCAGGACCACCUGGUGAGGGAGUGGAUGUACUACAGGAGCCUGCAGCACGGGGAGAGGGAGUUCCCCCUCCGAAACAAACAGGUGAAACAGAGAGCAGACGAGUGCAUCCUGGCUCUGGACCGACUCACUGAAAUCAACUCGGGGCUCACGGUGCAAAACGUUUUGCAGACUCAGUUUGACUGGACGACGUUGGAGAACUCCAUGGACCUGUGUCGGAUAGCAGCGGUGGGGCAUUCCUUCGGGGGAGCGACGGUGAUAGAAGCUCUCUGCAAAGAGGUUAAAUUCAAGUGUGGCAUCGCUCUGGACUCCUGGAUGUUCCCUUUAGACGAUGAGCUCUUUCCACGCGUGAAGCAGCCCAUCUUCUUCAUCAACUCCGAGAAGUUUCAGUGGGCGGGAAACAUCAGCCGCAUGAAGAAGCUGGACUCGGCCGUCAUACAGCGGAAGAUGAUCACCAUCAGAGGCACGGUCCACCAGAGCUUCCCAGACUUCACCUUCCUGACGGGCAACUGGAUCGGCAAGCUGAUGAAGCUGAAGGGAGAGAUCGACCCCGAGGUCGCCAUGGACCUCUGCAACAAGGCCACGCUGGCCUUCCUGCAGCGCCACCUCGGGCUACAGAAGAACUUUAAUCAGUGGGACCCUCUGAUUGACGGCCAAGAUGACAACCUCAUUCAAGGAACCAACGUCACUGUGCUCCAGUCUUCCAUCUGAGCCGGCUCACGUACCCGGACUGCCCGGCCCGCGUGGGAGUCAGUGGAAACGGUCCCAAAAUGUCAGGCGGGGCCUGCUCGGCAUUACAAACGGACUAUUACAUUACAUUACAUGUCAUUUAGCUGACGCUUUUAUCCAAAGCGACUUACAAUCAUGCAGGGUUAAGUGUCUUGCUGCGACUAGGGUGGGGAUUGAACCACCAACCCCCUAAUUGAAAGACAGACCUGCUAACCACUGACCACUGGACUAAAUCUAACAUUUUGAAAUCGUAAUGCAUAGAAAAGAAAAUCUCUACCUCAUCAGGACAGAUUUAGUUGUUCUUGGUGUUUGUUUCAGGAGGCCUGAAUGUUCAGUUAGUGAAAUCCUCAAUUAUUACCAGGAAGUUCUUGGAGAAAUGAUUUUAAUCUUUGUGUAAAUGAACUGAGAUCAUAAUGUUAUUUCACACAGACUGUGUGAGCUUCCAACAGACGAGCUACACUAGGAUUGCAGUGUGAUUCUGGAAUGAGACCGAUGACCAGCCGUAUCCAAUGGGCGUUGUUGGAACAAAGGGAGAUUGGAGGACUCAAAUCGCAGAUGAAUUAUUAACAUAGCCAAGAUAACGACAUGUAUCAUCCUGAUUCAACAGAGGGCAGUAGAUCAGCAUCAUGAAAAGGUUAAGAAAGCAUGUGCCUUCACUCUCCUGUUCUCCUUGGGUCAAUGUAACAGCCUUCUACUUUUAUACUCCUACCGUCUGGAAUAUCUGCGGAACAGAAACCCAAUAAAUCAGGUUUGUAUACAAAUACGUCUUUUGCUAACUGGCCUGUAAUAGUUACACUUGUAGAAACUCCAGAGGUCCACAACUGUUCAGUGUCGUGAGGAAACCGUUGCAGCUUUAUUGAAACAUUUUAAAAAGGGACGCCUUCUAAAUCAAAAAUACAUAUUUUUUCUUACCCGU